AUGUUGGAGGCUUCUUGGAAUCUGCCUCGUUCUAAUCAUACUGCUAUGAUGGAGCUCCGCCAACGAAUUUAUGCAACUCCUAUUCAUCACAGGGACUCCAUUACUUGGCUAGAUGAUCAGAACUCUUCUGUUACAGUUGCUUCUAUCUAUAGGCAAAUAUGUGCUGUUACUCCCCCGCCUGCUUGGUGUGAUGCUGUUUGGAAUCGCUUUUCUAUUCCAAAAUGUGCCUUUACAUUUUGGCUUGCUCUUAAAGGCCGUCUCCUUACCAAAGAUCGUAUGCGUAAAUUCCAUAUGGCUACUGACCUGCGUUGCUUCUUGUGCUGCAAUGCUAUUGAGACUCACGACCACUUAUUUGGUUCUUGUCCCUUUAUCACGGAAGUCAUAUCUGAUCAUGCGUUUGUUUUUACGGGUGACCGAGCUAGUUAUAUUAAUGGCCUAUUUCUACUUAAUAGACCUCGGGGCAUUCGUAAAUCUAUUGGAACAUUAUUUUUAUCUAUUGCAGUUUACCUCACUUGGAGAGAGCGUAAUGAUCGUGCCCACAACUUGGACCAUCAUCUUUCUGCUAAGACUAUUAAGCAUAAUGCCAAGCGUUUACUCAGGGAAAAGCUACACUCCAGUGCGACUUUCCAAAAAGCAGUUAUUAAUGAUUAUGGCUUAAUAUCUUAUUUGUACUAG